UACAAUCCGCGUUUAGACUUUACUGGAGCCCGUGUUUAAGACUUUUUAUUUAGACUUUUGGGUGAAAAUGUUGAACGUUGAAUUAAACUCAGAGCGACUCCAAAGAGCGACUCUGGAGAAGCGACGGAACAACGAGACAGAAAGACGAGAGAGGAUUUUUAAUGACAAACUGAGGACCAUCGGGGUUGAUAAGGAAGCUCUGGACCUGCAGGUAACGGAGAAGAAGAAACAAGAAGAAGCAGCAAGGAGAGAACAAAAUGCUUACGAUGCUGAAUUACUCCGUAAUGGAAAAGCAGCUAAUAUUCGCUAUAAAAACCAAGUGAAGGAGAAGCGUGCUCUGGAAAAGGCCACCGUCGACUUCAGGCUCCACAACCAGCAGCCUUGGAGGCAGCAGGAGUUUGAUCUGAAUGACCCGGACCUCUGCAGAAAAACAGAUCCAGGAGAUGCACAGAUGAUUCUCCCCGGACUGGUGGGCGAAGACCUGGAGAGUCAGAGCAGACUGCAGAGACAGCAGGAGCAGCUGAGAGAGUGGCUGAUCCAGCAGCAGGCCGAGCAGGCAGCAAGAAGACGAGAAGAAAAGCUGGAAGAGCAGCACUAUGAGAAACACAGAGUGGAGAUGGACAACAUAGCUGUGCAGCUUCAAAACCUGGAGAUGGAGAGGAGAGAGGCAGAAACCAUCGCUUGUAAAGAUUACAACCUGGCCAAGGUGGGUCAUUCUGGACUCAGACACCUUGUGUUCUCUGUGCAUCUGCAGAGGACUGAGUUGGAGAAGAAGCAGGAAGAGGAACGCUACGAACGAAUCCGCAUGGACUCGGCUCGUGCAGCUCUGCUUCUAGAGAGGCAGCAGGCGAGACUGAACAAGCAGCUGAGGAAACAUCUGGACAACACCAACGUCCAGCUGGCCCAAACACACCAAAAGCAGAAGCCGGACAUAGAAAGAGGAAGAAUUGAUGACAGCUUCUUCUCCCAGUUCAACACCUGCAGCAGAUGAUGGACGACACACUGCACUGAUACACGAUAGGAUAAUAAAGAAACUGAACCACACAGAAAA